UUUGCUGUCAACCAUAACCAGUUAACGAGGUUAACGGUUGAUCGCUCGAAAUUGGCUUAUUGUUAUUAUGGUCAGUUAUGGUUAAAUAACAUCUGUAAACAACGGCGUGACAUGCAUGUAAAAAAGUUAUAAUUGAUAUCAAUUUCGUUAUAGCAAUUUUAAAAUUAUUCAGUGUAAUAUUUAUGAAUAACACAUCACAUAAAAGCUGUAAAAUUAGUAAAGCCCAGUGUAAACCGAUAAUUUGUGUUCUACCAGUUGUGAUAUAACUGUUCUUUCUGUAAACAGAAGAGCAUGUUACAAUGACCAUUCGUUCGUUUAUAUUGUGUUUUAUAAUAUAUCAUUUUAUUAACAAAUGUGAGCAAUGCUCUAACGAAUAUCCUUUUCAAGUUCAUUUAGGAACAAGGACACCAUAUCGAAGUGUGUCCAAUAUAUCAUUUGAUAAAAUUUAUUAUAAUGGAUGUGUAUCAACUAAAAUUUGGAUGAUUGUAAGACAUGGGACGAGAAAUCCAAGUGUGACAAAUAUUGAAGACAUGAAAAACAAACUUCCAAAAAUUCAACAAUUGAUAUUGGAAAAUGAGAAUCUGCCAAAUGAUAAUAUUAAAAACCGUGAUCUGGAUUUAUUCCGUAAAUGGAGAACCCGCUUAGAUAUUGAUGAUGAAACAAAACUUACCCAUGAGGGUGAAGAAGAAAUGUUACUGUUAGCAGAAAGAAUGCAAAAUCGCUUUCCUGAUAUUUUUAAUGAAGUUUACAGUAACACAACGUACAAAUUCAGAUAUACCUAUUCCCAAAGAACAAAGAAAAGUGCAUUAUAUUUUGCUGCAGGUUUAUUCGGAAAACACACAGCUAAAGAAGUUUGGUUUCCGGAACCUUUAAAGAAGGAUCCAAUUUUAAGAUUUUAUAAAUUAUGUGAUAAAUGGAGACAGGAAAUCAAAGCCAAAGAAAAAGAUACCGGUCAAUAUAAAAAGUUUGCUGCUGGUUUUGAAAUGACUGAUGUAAUACGGAAUGUUAAUAAAAGAUUGGGAUUGCAAGAUGAAAUUGAUUUAGGUGAUAUUUAUGUCAUGUAUAUCACAUGCGGUUUUGAGACGGCUUGGAAUAAGCAAAGUAAAUCGCCUUGGUGUUCUGUGUUUUCUGAAGAAGAUUUUAAAGUUCUCGAGUAUAUGGAAGAUCUCAAAUAUUAUUGGGUUGAUGGAUAUGGACAUGAGUUAACAUAUCAACAAGCCUGUCCGGCAUUUGGUGAUAUGAUCAGUCACCUAGAUAUAUCUAACCAAUAUCCUAAAGCAACUAUAUAUUUUACCCAUUCUGGUACAUUGUUAAAAAUGCUGGCUCAUAUGGGUUUGUAUAAGGAUCAGGAAGCAUUAAGAUCAACAAAUUAUAACAAAAUGACUAAUAGAAAAUGGAGAACUAGCUUGAUUGAUGCUUUUGGUACUAAUUUGGCUUUUGUAUUAUUUAACUGUAACGGUAACCAAGAAAUUUUAACACUUCACCAAGAAAACAUUGUCAGAUUACCUCCAUGUCCCGAUUCUGAUUUAUGUGAUUAUAACAAAAUAUUGGACUACUACAGUCAUAGCUUAAAAAAGUGUGAUUUUACUGCAAUGUGUAACAAAACUGAUGACUAAUUGUCUAUUUGAUUUAAUUUUAUUUAUAUGACAAAAUAGAUUUUAUUUAUUUCAGAAAAUAUUUAUAUUUAUACAUAUGUUUUAAAAUAAAUCAAUGAUAAAGCCC